AUGGCCGCCGUGUUCCUGGUGACGGUCUACGAGUACUCGCCGCUCUUCUACAUCGCCGUGGUCUUCGUCUGCUUCCUGGUCACGAGCGGCCUGGUCUUAGGAUGGUUCGGGUGGGAUGUUCCUGUGAUUCUGAGGAACUCGGAGGAUACGGAAUCGAGCGUGAAACUCUGCCAGAAGCAGAUGCGGCAGGUGAAGAACCCAUUCAGCUUGGACGUCGGCAGCCCUGCAGUCGCCUCCCUUGCAAGUGGUGUGACUCUGACGCUCGAUUGUCUGGAAGACUGUCUCCUGACAUGCUACUGGGGUUGCAGCGUGCAAAAACUGCACGAAGCUCUGCAGAAACACGUGUAUUGUUUCCGAAUAAAGACUCCCCAGGUCUUUGAGGAUGCGUUGCAGGACGAAUAUCUUUACCGCCAGCAGUACUGUGUAAAGAAGGGUGACAAACUGGAGAAGCAUUGUCUCUUACCCGAAGAGGCACAACUGACCGAGCUGGGCCCCGUGCCCAGGUCUCGGUACCCGCUGGUAGUGCUGCUGACGUUGGCGGGUGAAGAAGACAGAGAAAUAUAUGAUAUUAUUUCUAUGAUAUCCAUAGUUCACCUUCCGGAUGACAAUUACCGGCUUUCCUGCAGAAUACUCUAUCAAUACCUCCUCCUGGCUCAGGGUCAAUUUCACGAUCUGAAGCAACUCUUCAUGUCUGCCAACAGCACCGGCCCUUCUCUGAGCGGCCCUCCCUCCGGAGAGACGGCCGAGGACCGCGCCCUGCUCGAGAAAGCCGGGCUGGCAGAGGAGGAGGCGGCGCCGGCAGAGGAGAGCAGCAAGGACUGCAUCGUCUGCCAGAACCGGGCCGUCAACUGGGUCUUCCUCCCUUGCCGGCACACCUGCCUGUGCGACGAAUGCGUGACGCAUUUCCAGCACUGCCCGAUGUGCCGGCAGUUCGUCGUGGAGUCCUUCCCGCUCUGCAUCCCCAAGGAGUAAGGACAAGGAAAGCGGGGGCCCUGCGUUGUACGGCCGGAGCUUCCAGAAUAGUCUCUGGCGCAUUCCCCUUGCUUUUUCCCUUCCGCCUGGAGUCUCGUUUGGGGCGGUCCGUCGGUAGGCCGGGAGCGAGACAGGCUCCCCCGAAUGAUGCAUUUGGAAAGAUGGCACCUGGUAUUUUUGGGAAAGCCAAGAAACAACCGGGCAAGGCGCUAUUUGCAACCAUGUCUAUUAAAGGUACAAGGCACAAUAUAUGUGUAACAGCAUCUAAGCAAAAGUAAUCCUAAAUACAAUCAUACCAAAAUUACAAACACUAAUAGUUGAAUUCAGAGGUAAGUAUAAAGAAUCCACUGUACAAAAAAGUACAAAGUUUCAAAGUCCAAGAAGUUCAAUUGACGAAGAUUCCGGACUACUUCUUCGUUUCGAUAAUACACGAAGGCGACGUUCCUGAGGCCGACCGGAGCGAUGCCAAAGGGCAGGCGUUGCAGCCAUGGUGUGUUCAACCAACCGCGGAUGAAGGGGGGACAGCUACGCAUCCCGGGACGCAUGCGUACAUGCUCGCACGCAGCUGUCUUCGUGGGUUAUUCGUAGAAAGAUGUUGUUUCAGCAGAACUGACGCAGAGAGAAUUCACCGGAACAAACGUGGAGCAAUUUAGCAUUGUUAUUUAUUUUAAGAUAAUAAAUACAAAAGCACG